AUGCGUGCGGAACACGUUGAGGAGCGCUCGGAGCGCAUCACAACCCGCCGCGCGUGGUGCUUGGCCAGCGGCGGUGUGUUGGGGAGCUACCCGCGCCGCUUGCCUGGGAUGAACAUCCCGCUCGAGGGCGACAGCCCGAUGUCCGCGAUGUGCAUGACGGGCGUCGAGGCCGACGCAGUGCCAUUGGACCUUGCCUAUACCUGCAACCCGCCUGAUAUCAACAUCCAAGCGGCGUUCCUGGUUACUGCUCAGAAGUUGGGUGAAGAUGCGACACGGCACGGCCUACAUUGUGGCACAAGUCGCCGUUCACAGCUUCUGUCUUCCGCUUUUCCUCUCAGCUGCACCCCCUUCCCCAAUGACAUCGACCCGGGCCCCUGCUCCACCACAGUCGGCGACAAGCAGCUUGCCCUCAGGCUGCUGGUCGCCAGCCUGGCUUGUGGCCGUCUCGGCGUCUCAUGCGUCGCGCAUGUACUUAGAGGGGCAUACCAGGGGUCUGCGAACGCGACUCCUCGCCCUCUCUUCGACUGUCUCAUCGACGUAUCAAAAUGCCUCCCUCAUCUCAAGAGAAUUCUCGCGCAUCCGCCGAUUCAAGACGCCCUCGGAGCCGUGAUCAUGACCAGCGCCGCGGCGACUACCGCAGUCACAGUCGUGGUCGUAGCUAUGAUCGUGUUCACAACCGCGGCGGUUACGACCGCUCUCACUCUCGCUCUGGCCACGAAGGACGUCACUCCCGCACUCGAAACCGCUCCCGGCCCAGGUCUCAACGUCGUACUUCCAGUGCUCGCCGCCGUCGCUCUGCGAGCCCUCUUCCUCGCCCCUCCCGAAGGCGGCACCCCUGUGCGGCAGACCACUGAGCAAAAGUAUGAGUUGCUCUUCGCUGACAUCGCCAACUCCAAAGGCCGCGGGAAGUGGAACACCAAGACGUGUGAUGGGAAGCGGCUACAAAAGUAUGCGCGCCUCCUGCCGCGCGUCUUUGGGCCCUUCGUGAGGCUACACGCAAUUAUCACAACGGCAGUCUUCCUCUGUGCAACUAGUGAUCCGGAGGAAGAGGCCGAGCGUUCCGACUCGCUCAUUGACAUUUCUGCGGAAGACAAGGUGUACGCCAAACACGUCUUCGAGUGGCUACUCAAACGAGUUCCGUUCAUGCGUCCCAUGCUUUCAAGGCUCGACGCUGAGGUUGACGAUGUCAUCCUUCUCGGUUGCUUUCUCGAUCACCAUGCGAACACGACGCGCGGAAACGACAUCAACAAAGUCAAAACCCACCUAAGGGAGUUCGUACCUUCGGUGGAGGUCCCACGAACUACUGACAAUGUGGACGGGCAUGGUCGUCCCCUCGUCAUCACGCCAGGCCGCCGCUCUGACGAGGAGAAAGACGGCCUCGGAUUCCGGAGCCUAUGGUCCCUGCGCCUUCUCAUUCCCCAGUCAAUGCUUUCACAGUUCAUGCGCGAUCCUCCCGACCUGUACGGGUCGAUCAACUCCCGUGGAGCAGCGACGGUGUUCCGUGAGGCUCAAGCUGAUGCUUACUAUCCCUCAUUCCUUUACGACGAGAGCCCCAUCUACGACAUGAACAAUCUCUUCGAGGGCUUGUUCAAGAGCAAGUUUUUGAUCACGAUGUACCGUGUCCUCUUCACAAGCUACUCCUCGGUGAAGACCGGACCGUCUGUCAGUGGCACCGGUCGCCCCUCAGUUUCAGAGUCCUUCGGGCUCAGUCAGGUGGCUCCAGAAAGUAUUGCUUAUGUUGCGUGCUUGAUCUACUUUGUUCUUUCUGACGUCCACCGAUGGACGCCGGUGUUGAAAGGCUUCAGCCUUCCACGCUUCUUCCGUAACAUUGUCACCAUCCUAUCCUCCAGUGAGACACCGUUCGGCGCAGAGAUUCUCGCAUAUUGGAAGCGGGAGGUUUAUGGCGAAGAUGUGGUGACCGAUCCUGUCGAGGAUACUGAAGACACCACUGUACUUAACCAGACUGCGCUCAUUCUGGAGCAGCUCAUCGUGGCUCAUCAAAGCCAUGUAUGA